UACCAUAUUGUCAUUACGUACUCACGGAUAAAAUUAAUUACAUACAUAAUCUGUGACCAGAAAAAAUUCCUAGAAAAGCGGGUUGUGUUAGAGAAUGUUAGUCUCUCUUUUAAAUAAAACAUGUUGUAAUUAUAUUCUUUUUUUGUCGAUACCCAUCUUCUAAGAUCAAAUGGUAGUCGGGCUUGAGUCGUUCCGAAGAGACGCUCUGUCCGGCUGGGUCUGAUCUAUAUGGGAAAAGAUUGUUCCGAAGCGGAGUUCUCUUUUCCCAUGUAAUUAUAUUCAAAAAUGAGAUUUAAAACCAGAAACCAAACAAAGGUAUCAGUGUCAAUGUUGGUGGUAACUACCGCCGCUGCACCAGCAACGUGAAAACGAAGAGGACGUCCAUUUAAUAUUAUACAUUCUGAGCGCGGUGAGUUUAAAAUUCGCUAUAUAAACAUGGUAGCUACCGCCGCUGCACCAGCAACGUGAAAACGAAGAGGACGUUCAUUUAAUAUUAUACAUUCUGAACGUGGUGAGUUUAAAAUUCGCUAUAUAAAAAUGGUAACUACCGCCGCUGCACCAGCAACGUGGAAAGCACGUUCAUUUAAUAUUAUACAUUCUGAACGGUGAGUUUAAAAUUCGCUAUAUAAACAUCGGAUGUUUUGUAGUAUACAUUCUAAACUGGUAAGAGAUGGCAAACCAAACAAAACCGAUCUUACCUCUAUUAGUCAAUAAGAAACCACUUGAGCUUAUUAAACCCUCAAAACACACCCCUUCUGAAACUCUCUCCCUUUCUACUUUGGAUAACGAUCUUUUCAAUGAAGUUAUGUACGCAACGAUUUACGUUUUCAAAGCCAACGAAAAGAACCAAAAUGAUCCUGUCCCUUUGCUUAGGAAGGCUUUGUCCGAACUUCUUGUGUACUACUAUCCCCUUUCAGGCAAGCUCAUGAGACGAGAGAGUGAUCGAAAACUUCAGCUAGUUUUUGGGGGUGAGGGAGUUCCAUUUGAGGUCGCUACUGCAGCCCUCAACCUCUCCUCUCUAAACUAUAUAGAAAACCUUGAUGACCAAGUUGCUUUGCGCCUUGUGCCUGAUAUCGAAAUAGACUACGAUAGCAACAUCUCUUAUCAUCCACUAGCUUUGCAGGUGACCAAGUUCGCAUGUGGAGGAUUCACCAUAGGCACAGCGUUGACGCACGCCGUAUGUGACGGAUUCGGUGUGGCUCAGAUCAUCCAUGCUUUAACCGAGUUAGCUGCAGGAAAGAGUGAGCCAACGGUGAAGCCGGUGUGGCAGAGAGAGCGGUUGGUCGGACAAUUUGAUGAUGAAGCGGCUAAAAUGCCUGGCGGGCACAUUACUAGCCUUUUAGCGACCUCACCAUAUAUUCCAGCCAGUGAAAUGGUAACAGAGACAAUAAACAUUCGGGCUGGGAAUAUAAAGAGGCUUAAAGACUCUUUGAUGAGAGAGUGUGAGUACCCUAAAGAGGGUUUCACUACUUAUGAACUAAUUAGUUCUUGCAUAUGGAAAGCAAGAUCUCGAGCCCUAAAGCUAAACCUUGAUGGGAUCACUGUCCUUGGGGUAGCUGUUGGAAUCCGUCACGUUUUAGAUCCGCCACUUCCUCAAGGAUUCUACGGUAAUGCCUAUAUAGAUGUCUAUAUCGAGUUAACCGUGCGAGAACUCCAAGAAGCAUCAAUCUCUGACAUUGCUAAACACGUGAAGAAAGCCAAGAAAACAGCUUAUGAUAAGGGCUAUCUCGAGGAAGAGCUAAGGAACACGGAGAGAUUGAUGAGGGAUGAUGCAAAGUUCGAAGGGGUGAGCGAUGGACUAUUGUUUCUUACGGAUUGGAGGAACAUUGGUUGGUUCGGAUCAAUGGAUUUUGGUUGGAGUGAGCCGGUGAAUCUGCGGCCGUUGACCGAGCAGAAGAGUGCAGUGCAUAUAGGGAUGAUAUUGAAACCUUCACAACUUGAUCCAUCAAUGGAAGGUGGAGUUAAAGUGAUUAUGACGUUGCCUAGAGUUGCAAUGGUUGACUUCAAGCGAGAGAUGGAUGCUAUGAACAAACUUUACUCUUAAUAUUAUUAGUAUCUGGAUUAGUUUUCUAUGUGUGUGAGUGAAUGUGUGUUCGAAAAACAAAAACAAAAGAUGCGUGUGAGUGAAUGUUUCAAACAUGAAUAAUGGGCGAAUAAGAUCAGUAUGCUUAUAUGAA